AGGGAUGAGGCUGGAGCAGAGGGGAGCAGGCAGAUCACUGGGCUGUGGGACACAGGAGGGGCCUCUCCAUUACAGUGGCAGGCAUGUCAGUUUUGGGGUGUUUAUACAUUUAGCUGCAGUUACUUGUUGAGGUCCUGACUAGAUGCCCAGGAGACCCCAAGAGGUCUCCCCUGGUCUAGGAGGAGAGACAGGCUCCGAAGGCUCCACCUCUGAGCUUUGUCCCAGCACUAACCCCGCCUCUGGGAGGGGAAAGACCCAGAGCUCCUCUUCUUCAGCUUCUACCUUCUAGAUGUUUCCUCCACAGCCAGGCCUACAGGCAGAGGCCUGCCAUGGCUCUGCUUAGCAGACCCCACCUCUGCUGGGUGUCCUGGUUCCUGGGAUCCUUCAGCCUCCUUCUCAGUACCUGCAGCACUGGAGCCAAGAAUUCUGGAGUGCCUGGUGCUGGACUGAAGGAUUCUAAAAUGUGGAUUCCUUACACUCCUCUGACGGGGAUUCAAGAAGGGUCUGUGUGGUUUCAAGUAGUCCUGGAACAAGAAGCCCAGCUGAAGGAGAUUUCGUGGUUGUUCAGGGCUCAUUCAAGCUACAGCCUCCUGCUGCGAAUUCAACCUGGGGCAGAGGAUGCUCCCACCUGGUUCAGCCUCCAGGACAAGUACAGGCAGAGGGUCCAUGUGCCCACUAUCACAUCCCUGAGGAUUGAGAGGCUGACCCGGGAGGACAGUGGGCAGUACCGGGCUCAAGUCCUGCUAUCCGGUGGAACUACAUUUGAACAGGUUUUCCUCCUCACUGUCUAUGAGCCAUUGAUGCCUCCUCAGAUCCUGGUUGUAUCCCCAUCCAUUACAACAGACUGGUGCAAUGUCACCCUGCUGUGCAGGGUCACGGGGACCACGGGGGACCUGAAUGUCACCUGGGAGAGCAAGGGCCUCCCCAGGGAGCUGAACCCAGGAGGGGCAUCUGGGCCAGCCCCUCACUCCUGGACCCUGCCUGUGAGCCUUCCCCAGAGCCAGCCCAAUGCCAGUGUCACCUGUGUGGUCAGCAACCCUGUGGACCAGAAAAUGGCCACCAAGGACCUUGGGCAGGUGUGUUCACUUGGUUCUGAUGGGCAGGAGACAGCUGUUUUCUCAAGAGUGAUCCCCGGGAUCGUUGUGGCUGCGCUGUUGGUCCUAGGGGCUGGACUGCUUCUCUGGAAGAAGAAAGGGAAGAAGAAAAAGAAGGAGAAGAUGGAGACUGGGAGAGAUGCAGGAUGGCAGGAGGACCAGGAGGCACCUGGUGAUGGCAUCUACUAUGCAGAUCUGAUCCCAAAGGAGAUCAAGAGCCAGGGUAACAGUGAGAGGCAUCUGGAAGAAGAGCAGGAUGUGAACACCAUCUACAGUGAGGUCCAAGCCACAGGCCAGGCCACAGAGACAAUCUAGUGAGAAGAAGCAGAAGACCGGGUCCUGCUGGCGCCUCUGCUAUCAGCCUCUCCCAGACUGGUCAGGCCAGAUGCCCUGCUCUCUGCUUCUGACCCUCAGAGCUCAGCUCCCUGGGCACAUGGGGCUGUUUCCUGACAUCUCCCAGGAUGCAGGCGUCAGAACCCUCACCUCUGAGCCAGCCACUCCAUCUGUCACUUCCCUGACCCCUGACGCUCCACUCCUGAAGCCUCCUCAAUGCCCCAUCUGACUGAACGUGGUACCCCAGCCUUUGCUAUGUCUCUCUGUGUCUCCUGAGACUCCGGCCAGGUAUGGGGCCUAACAGCAAUGUGGACACCACAGAGAGGGUGUCAGGACCCAGGUUCUGAUGCUGCCUUGUGGGUCAGUGGAGGCAACAUGGGGGGUGGAACCCCCAGGGGAGUAAAUGACAACUUCCUUAGCACCUGUGAGGUGUGUGUGUGUGUGUGUGUGUGUGUGUGUGUGUGUGUGUGUGUGUGCUGGGGGCAUAUCAACGCAUAUCAUUCACCUGUGCCAGAGCCCUCCUUCCUGGCUCCCUGUCUAGCCUAUAUCUUAAACUUAUUCCAUUGUCAUGCUUACAGGCUCAGUUUUGAAGCCCCCAAUCCUCACCUACAGAGAAGGAGCUUCAUAUAUGAUGGAACAGUGUUGAAGUUGUCUUUCUUUUUCUUUAUCCCUCUCCCCAUCAUAUGUUCUUUCUCUCUGUCUCAGUCAUAAUUUUUAUAAGGAGGAAAAAAAUGGCCACAGAGAGCCAUAGGUUCAUAGUGCAAACACUGAACCCCAGUGUUAACCCUGGUGACAAAAAAAAAAAGAUCUUUAUGAAAUACCAUUGAUUUACAUGUGUGCAGAAGCCUCAAAAAUCUCAGACAGAAAGACAAGGCAAAGAUUUUAUGAGCAUUUUCUUCUUACAAGCAGAAGGAUUAUUAUCACUGAUCUCAUUAAAGUGAAUUCCUUUAAGCCUUAAAAAAGACAAUUUUUGUGCAAGCAAAAAUUUUUCAAAACCAGGCAGCGGACACAAAGCACUGCCUUGUGAUGCUGAGAACUGACAGCCCAGGGAGGAUGAAGGUGACGCCAGUCUCUGGGCUGAUUGGGAUCUCACUCCCUGGUCUCUGCUGGAUCCAUCUCCAAGGUGAGCUGAGCCCCAUCUUCCCAAGGAGCUCCCAAGACCUUUUUCCAGUACUGUUGACAGUGCUGAGCUGAGAACAGAGGUCUGGUCCUGGGUGAGAACAGAGCUGUAGCUCUGGGUGAGGCAGACCAGGCAGCAAGCACUCUGGACCUGGCCCUGUCCCCACAGGGCUAUCUCAAGGAGCUCUGUCCACUAGAUGCUUAUGGGGAAGCUGGGCCUGGAGCUCACAGCAAUCCUGUCUGAUUUAGCCACAGAGAGUUUCUAGAAUCUAAGUCUCUCCCAGUAGAAGGAGGUAAGCCGUGGAUCCUACCCAACCUGAGCUUUAGAACAACCUGCCAUGGGACCUGUGAUUACACUCCUGCACUGACAGGAGCCCCACUUUGUCGCCAAGCACCUCUUCCAGUUCAGGACAGCUCUGGCUCUAGAACUUGGUUCUGACAUCCUGAGUCUAACCUGCCCGUUCCACCUGCCUUCUCUGAGACUAGUUUUCCUGUUGAGUGUCUCCCUGUCCAAAACACAGCCCUUGAGUGUGGAGUGACUGCGUGGGUAGGUCUGGCACCAGAGAACCCCCAGGGAGGUUGAAAGGGUGUUGAAACAGCUUUGCCAGCAGAGCAGACACUGCUGUUGAGGAAGAAAUGACAUCACCAUUGUUGGGGUGAAUGGACAUGGGUUUCAUGAACCAGUUAUAGGACCUUCAAGGAACUCAGACAAGAGGAGGUUCUAAAGAAGCAGAGAACCCCAAUCAAAAGGGUCUUUGUGCAGGCGGAACACCAGAAACAGGGGCCACAGAGGAAGAUAGAGGUGGUAUCCAGGGGUGCAUCUCUCUGCCCAGGUAGGUGAGAGGCUCAACCUGGCAAAGGAGGAGCAUCGUUGGAGCUUGUGGGGCUGGGCCCCGAGAGGAAGAAUCAGCCUGAACAUAAUCAUACAGAAGCCAGAUCACCAGCCAGGGCCACUCUGGGGAGACUGUGCAGUGCCUCCAGCCUCCCGUUCACCACCCUCACCCCCACCCCAGGCUCCCUCCCUCCCUGCCAUGCAGCAGUGGGCACAGGGCUCUGCUCCCUGCACCCCCUGUGGGUCUCUGCCAGGGGACUGUUGCCCGUGAAGCAGCUGAGCACUGCUGCUGCCGUCCUGGGAUCCUGGCACAGCCUCCAUGAGAGGUUAAGUGAGCCUAGACUUUCUUACUGCCACCACAGCUACCUCUUAGUUUAUGACAGUACCCUGUCUCCUCUAGAGGGAUGUUUAGACAUCUCUGUAUCACCCCACAGGUGGCUGGGGGGCACUUGUGCAUUUGCAGAAGUCUUUUUGAAACCUGAACAUGCCAGUAUGUUAAAUAUAUAUAUAAUUUACAUACAUAUACAUACGUAUGAUAAAAAUCAAAGGAAGAUAAGGAAGAUCAGGAAUUCUGGGGUUGGGUGGAGACUGGCCUAUUGCUCUCUGAAUGGUGUGGCAGGUUUCAUCGCAAAGGUGGCAUUUUCAUAAAGAACAAGAAGAAGGAAGCCAGGCAGUGAUACACAUAUCAUAACCAGUUCAGGAAGUGUACAUAGCACCAUGCCCAAAGGACCUUGGUUCAAGCUCCCGCUCCCCACCUGCAGGGGGAGCACUUCACGGCUGGUGAAGCAGUCUUGGGGUGUCUCUCUUUCUCUUCCUCUCCAGCUCCCCCUCUAUCUCAAUUUCAUUGUCCUAUCUAGUAAAAUAAUUUUUUUAAAGGAGAAAAAUGGUCAGCAGGAGCAGCAUGGUGCUGGCACCAAGUCCCCGUGAUAUCCCUGCUUACAAUUAAAAAAAUAAAAACAGGCAAAAGGGAGAAAGUCAGAGGACAUUUAUGAGCUGAGCUCCUUCUGAGAUCUUUACAAGAGCUUGUCUGCCUUGCUCUGUCUUUCCCUCCUCGUUCUACUCACUUUGGGCCAUAGCAAUUCAAUAGAAGAAAUCAGAUCUCAAGACAGUGAUUUAUUAUUGUUAUUGUUUCACCUGAGCAUUGCUCAGCUCUAAUUUAUGAUGGUUCUAGGGGUUGGACCUAGGACCUUUGAUGCCUUAAAAGUCAUUUUUCAUAAAUACAUGUUAGCAACCUAGUUCUCAAAACAAUGAAGUUUUAAUACUGUAUUUAGUUAUUUGAUAGAGACAGAAAGAAAUCGAGAGGGGUGGGAGAGAGAGACACCUGUAUUAGAGGGCAGCUGAAAGAAAGCAGCACUCCUCCCCCUUCAGCCUUCAGGAAGCCAGGAGAAGGGACCAGAGGCAGGGACCAGAAGCCAGUGUAUCUGUGUGUGUGCAUAUCCUGCACCAGCACUCCCACUCUACCUGAUUGCAAAAAAAAAAAAAAGCCACAGAAUACAGAAGGAGGCAGAUGUGAGUCCCUGAAGAACUAAGGCUGAAGCACUUCCCCAGAGGGUGCCACCCCUCCUCUGAAGGGACUAGAAAGCCUGGAAGUCCAGGAAGCCUUGGGGGGGGGGGGGUUGUGUGUGUCUGUGUCUGUGUGUGUGUGUGUGUGUGUGUGUGUGUGUGUUUGCCCUACAUGCCUACAUGGCCUGUAAGUUCUUCUCCUUUUCUGUCCUUGCUUUCUGCUAAUAAAUGUUCAUCUCCCUGGUUCUCUGAUUCUUCCAUGGGAGAAAACAGGGGAAUGGCCCCAGUUAGCUGUUCCCUCCUCCUCAGCACCUAUAGCAGUGCUUUACUGCUCAUGAAGCCUCUCCCCUGCCAUUGAGGUCCAAGGGCUUGAACUCGAGUUGCUGUGCAUUAUAAUAUGUGCGCUCUAUUGGAUGUGUCACCACCCAGUGCAAGAAACUGAUUUUUAAGACAUCUGAUUUUUAAGACAUUUUUAAGACAAACUGAUUUUUAAGACAUCUUUUUUAAGACAUUCACUAUUUGUUUCUAUGUUCUAUGAAAGUAACUGAUAACCACUAACAAUAUAAUCAGUAUGUGUGCCUGUUUUUUUAAUUUUGCUUCAUUUAGGCAAUGAAUUCUAUAAUAAUACUUGAAUUAAAUUCAGAGAAUAUUCUGUAAGCUAGAAGAUGAUUGUUGUUGCUUCCUUCUUUUCCCACAUGCAUGAUGAGCAAAGAACCAUGAGUUUGUAACUCUCAGUUCAUGUGAAGCAAAAUACCUCUAAUGAAUGUAGAUUUUCAAACAGAGAAAUGUUAUGAAGGAUUGGAAAGUGUGGAGAGUCUUUGAGAGUUUCUAAUGUGGAACUCUUGCUUAAGGAUAAGGACCAGAGAGGCAAUCUCCAUGAUAGAAACACUUAAUCUGAGAUUUCAAAAACUGGGUACAACUAAGCAGGGAAAUGGUAGCAGGAGGAGAAUUUCCCUGGCAGGAAAUUACAAACUCAAAGAUCUUUGUAGUGGAGGAGUAGAGGAAGAUAGCACAAUGGUUAAGCAAAGAGACUCUUGUACCUGAGGCUUCAAGUUGCCAGGUCCAAUAAUCCUCAGAACUACCAUAAGACAGAUAUAGAUAGAUGAUAGGUAGAUAGAUAGAUAGAUAGAUAGAUAGAUAGAUAGAUAGACAGACCGGCAGGCAAACAGACAGAUGAGAGGAAGCAUCAUAUGCUUGAGAAACUGAAGUGAUCAAGUCCAGGAGCCUGGCAGAGGAGAGAUGGAGAGCAGGGCAGACCCUGGUGGUACCAUGGAAUCUUAAAGAAGUGAAACACACUGGGGAGAGAGCAUAAUGGCUAUGUAAAAGCCUUUCAUGCCUGAGACUGUGAGGUCCCAGUUUCCAUCCCCAGCAUCACCGUAAGCCAGAGCUGAGCAAUGUUCUGGUAUCUUCUUUCCUUCCUUCCUUCCUUCCUUCCUUCCUUCCUUCCUUCCUCUAUCCCUUUCUCACUGUAUUUCAGUUACUUAAGUAAAUAAAAUAUGUUUUUGGAAAAGGGAUUACACAUCCUGCAUGUGUAAGGACCUGGAUUUAAGCCCCUGGCACCAUAUGAGAGCACCAUGCACAGAGGAAGCUUCACAAGCAGUGGAGUGAUGCUGUGCUGUCUCUCCCUCUCUGCCUCUCAUCCUCCAUAUGAAAAAAGUGAGCAUCUCAGCUUCAGUAUGGAUGGUCCAUCAGAGAGAAACCAAGAGUGGUAUAAAAUAUGAAUUAUUCACUAUCACUACCAAGAAGGAGAUGUGGGGAGGUGACCGUGGUGGUAGUGAAAGAAAAAAGGGUGGUAUUUUUGUAUGCAACAGGAAAUAGCUUUUUAUACAAACCUCCUGGUAAAAAUGGCUCCAGGACAUUGUCCUGUUAUCCUUGUGGCAUCUUUAUUGUUUUCUGCACAAAAAAGAUCCUCAGCUCCAGUUUUGGUCUUCUCUCUCUCUGUUUCUCUCUCUCUCCCUCCCUCUCUCCCUCUCUCUCUCUCUCCCUCUUUCCCUCUCUCUUUCUCUCUCAUUUAUUCAUUUAUUUAUAUUUAUAUAGAGACAGAAAAAUUGAAAAGAGGAGAUAGAAAGCCUGUGAAGCUUCCCCCCGCACGUGGGGACUAGGGGCUUGAACCCAGGUCCUUAUGCACUGUAAUGUAUACACUGAACCAGGUGUGCCACCACCUGCCCCCCCUUCCACAUUUGGUCUUAAGAAAAGGAAUGGAAAUCCAUGAAGAAAAAAAUGUGUUCAGUGAUAUUAAAACAGGAAUAAAAUGGUAGUCAUUUACUUUUAACUUCCUUAAAUGGUUUUUGAUAGAGGGUGAGAGGCAGAGAGAGAAGAGACACCUACAGCACUGCUCCACUGUUCCUGAAGCUUACCCCUUGCAGUUAGGGCUACCAGGAGUUUGAACCCAGGCCCCUGCACAUGGGAAUAUGUGUUCUAUCUGGGGUGAGUCAUGACCUGGCCCUUUAACUUCAUUACACCUUAAAAGACUGAAAAUUCAGUUUCUCGUUCACAGUCGUCAUAUUUAAAGUACACAUGUGGGAGCAGAGAGAUAAGGCCAUUGGUAGUGCAACAGAUUUCAUGCCUGAAGCACCAAAGGUCCCAGGUUCAAACCCCAGCACCACCAUCAGCCAGAGCUGAGCAGUGUUCUGGUAGUUGUUAUCGUCAUAGUAGUAAUAGUAAUAGUAGUAGUAGUAAUAGUAAGCUUUUGUCUAUUCUCUCUCAUAUUGGGCAGCAGAAAUACAGAACGUCUCUCUCCCUGCUAAGAGUUCUGUUCAACAGCUGAUGAUAUUCAACAGUUGGUUGAUGUCAUUAAAAUCAACAAAUGGAGACCAGCCUUGAAAACUCCCUAAGCAAAGUUCACUUAUCCAGACAAAUCAACACUUAAUUUGGUAAUGGAAUUCUUACUUAGAGACAAUGCCAAUAUCAUAGUUUAAUAUUGAUGUCAUUUAAAAAUAUUGAGGGCAGAUAUCUAGCCCUCUGUCAGCUGAAAAGCAGAAUAGGGUGCUGCAGCAAGAUCCAGAGAGACAGAGAAAGAUAAUGCUGUGUGCUGGGGAGAGAUGGUGUAGGGGUCAUGUAAAAUGUCUUUCAUGCCUGAGGCACCAAAGGUCCCAGGUUCAAUCGUCAAUACCACCACAAGUCAGAGCUUAGAGGUGGGCAGUCAAAAGAAAAAAAAAAGGCACUUUUGUGCAGACCUGAGCUCCUGAAGGGGAGCAGGAGCAGGAUCAGAAGCAUCUGGACGACACAGGACCCUGGAAAGGAUAGGGGCUUCUGCCCUGCCCUGCAACAGCUGCACAUAUGGGAAGCAGGAACUCUUUGGUAGAGGCUGCCCCACCCAAGGAUCACACCCAACAAUCCUGACACAGAUGUGGAAGCCAUUUGUCCCCCAGCCCUUGUUUCAAGAUAGUAGGUAUAGAAAGCAGGGUUGGAAGCAGAGGAGGCUCCUGAUGGAGUGGGGUGGUGGAUUGUUAUAGCUCCCCACCCACUCAUGUGGGACCAUGUGUGUCAGGAGUGCAGGUCUCUCUGUGAAGGCUUAGGGCUCAGGAGAGGAAGCCACCACAGUGAUCUGAAGCUGCUCAGGAAGGCAGUGAGUCCAUUGCAGAAAAUGAGAACAAUAGCUUGUCACUAAGGCUGUUCUUGGAUGCCACAGUGGAGAUCACCCCAGCAGUUGCUUAGAACAUGGAAAAUCACUUAGCAGCUCACAGCACAGUCAGGGAAGGCACAGGACUCUCUCCUCCCUCAUCUGCAUCCCCCCCACACACACACACAGGCACACAGGCCCAAAGCUGCACCUUUCUAAUUAGCCUCACAGAAUCUGUGGAAGGGACACAGGAAGGGGCCUCUGAGAAUUUAGCCUGCUCUGCCUCACUGCUGCAGUCUCACAGAGCUAUGGUGGGGUGUUCCCUGGGCUCUCUCGGCCCCAAGGCUAUGACCUGAGUGUCCUUAUGUCUUAGGUUUGGGAGCAGUAUCACCAGCUGAGCACUGUCACUGUGGCUUCUCUGCUAAAAUGAAUGAACUGAUCAUGCUUGAGCACAGAGUCUGGGCUCUCACAACGUGCAAAUAACAGUAGUUCCUUCUUUUGUUCCUUAACCAAGGUCAGAGGCAAGCCAAAAGCAGAGCUAAGUCCCCAGGGUGAAAGAGGGACAGACCUCCAUCUCCAGAGAAGAAGAGAGAGAGAGAGAGAAGAGGGAGGUGAGAAAUGGAGAGCUGGAUAAGAUGGAGUAUACAGGAAGAGCACAGAUAUGAGGCAACUAGGACAUAAAUCCCUCGGAGCCCACAGUAAUUGCAAGAGAUCUCUGUAAAUUCAGGGUUGGGUGCUCAGACCUAGUUUAUUUGACUCAAUCCCCAGGCCACCUGGAAACCACCAUUCUGUUCUGUUUCUUUAUUUUGUUUGUUUGUUUGUUUAUUUUAGAUAGAUAGAGAAAUUGAGAGGAGAAGUGAACAGAAGCACACACCUACACCACUGUUCCACCACUUGUGAAGCUUCCCCCCUGCAGGUGGGGACUGGAAGCUUAGGCCUGAGUCCUUGGACACUGUAAUGUGUACACUCUAGCAGGUGCACCACCUCCCCAUCCACUUCUGUUCUGUUUCUGUGACACAGUGUUGUUCUGUUCUGUCUGACUUAUCUCACUCAGCACUGUGUCCUCCUGGUGCAUGCAUGUAUUCAUGUUGCUGCCAGUGACAAGAUUUUCCUUGAUUAUGGCUGCGUGUAUUCCAGUGUAAGUAUGUAUGCACAUGUGCAUGUGUACACACACACACAUAUACUGAAAAAAAAAUGACCGUGACUGUGAGGAGAAAAGGUGAACAAAAGAGCCUUAUGGUGUAUCUAAUAUAAAGUCCAGCCUGGAGAAGCUGCUGACAGAAAGAACAUUUGAUCAGCCUCUCCUCUCCCCCCCUUUGUAGGUUCCCACUUAUGUACUGUCCUGACAGGCAAAGCUUACCACCAUAGAAAAGUGAAUUAAUGUAGCAAAGCCUCGUUUCAGAAAAGGGAAUAAAUAGGGUGUGAAGGAAAAUUAGUUGUCUGUGUUCAGGGGGUAGUAUCUCUGUGAACAGAGGCAGUUUGUAUGUGAUAACCUCAAGAACUGGGAGACAGGAUUGUAUCUGCAAGAAUAUCUUACAUGGAGCCGGGGGAUGGUGCACAAGGUUGAGCACACACAUUACUAUGUGCAAGGACCUGGGUUCAAGCCCCUGGUCCCCAUCUAUAGGGAGGAAGUUUCAUAAGUGGUGAAGCAGGUCUGCAGGUGUCUCUCUGUCUCUCUUCCCCACCCCCUCUCAAUUUCUCUCUGUCCUAUCAAAUAAAAUCAAAUUUAAAAAGAAAAAAACUUGUGUUUUAAAAAAUGCAAAUCUGGUUUCUGCUGGUGGUGACAAUCACAUGGGGUUGUGAAAUUCCAGGCGGGGGAGAGCAAAAAGUAUGAGACAGGGUUGCUACAUAGCUCAUCUCUCUCCUAGUUUCAUUAUAUUUCUUCACAUAGAUAGAAAAAAAAACAUUUUUAGUGUGUCAGCAGAAACUACCACUUGUGUAGGAGCUUCCCAAUCUUUCAUUCUUUGUUUUAGAGAGGGAGAGAGAAGAGGAUAAGACAGACGUAGAGAAAAGAAGCAUCACAACAGCCCUCUACCAUCGAUGGGGCUGUUCGUGAUGUUUCCAUGGAGUGCUGGAGCUUGAUCCCAGGGCCCCAUACAGACACGUCCUCUACGGCACAAGCUCUCUCCUGGCCCCUCUGACACAUUACUUUAUCCUUCAGCUGCUGGUGGACACUUAGGGGACUUCCAUGCCUUAGCUAUUAUAAACAGUCUGCUGUGAACAUGAGGCUCCAGCAGCAGUUUCCUUCCUUUUAGACAAACACACAGUAGUGUAAUUGUUGGUGUAUUUUGGUCGUUCUAUUUUUUUUCUUGUGCUUGCUAUACUGGAGUGUUACAAUAAACCAAACAAUUGCUGGCA